CCAGACUGAACUUGCCGUCAUGCGACAAUUGACCCCUCUGAUACGGCACGCAUCGCUGCUACGAACUAAACUACCCUACAGGUCAUCCCUUGUGCGCUGGCCCUCCCCACGGAUACAAUGGCUCUCAUCCACCUCGUCGCGACCCUGUACGUCGUGCAAUGACCCAAAGUCCGACAAGCCCGAUCAGCCCCAGCCCUCGGCCGAUUAUCGCGCAUUGGGAACUGCCCAGGACCUCUUCACCACUUCCAUCUACAGCCCUGGAUCGCCGCUCUUCCUGCCUAAUGGCACUCAUAUCAUCAACAAACUCAUAACCUUCCUCCGCACACAAUACCUCCAGUACGGCUUCCGCGAGGUCCUGACUCCGACGAUAUACAAGCGUUCACUCUGGGAAGUAUCGGGUCAUUGGCAGAAUUACAAAGACGACAUGUACGAGGUCCGCGGCCGCGGAGCUAUGGGAGACACGGAGGGUGAGCCUGGCGAGGACGAAUCCUACGGCCUGAAACCGAUGAACUGCCCAGGUCACUGCUUGCUGUUCAAAUCGCAAACUCAUUCGUACCGCGAACUCCCCAUCCGCUAUGCCGACUUCAGUCCUCUUCAUCGCAACGAGAUCUCGGGCGCUUUAACUGGCCUCACCCGUGUUCGCCGAUUCCACCAGGAUGAUGGGCAUAUUUUCUGCCGGCCGCAGCAGAUCAAAGGAGAGAUCGCAUCGGCGCUCGGCUUUGUCGACCUGGUCAUGACGACCUUCGGACUUGGGCCGUACCGGCUGGCACUUUCUACGAGGCCUGAGAAGGACUUCAUCGGGAGCCUGGAGAUGUGGGAUAGUGCGGAGAGUCAGCUCCGCGAGGCGCUUAACGACACCGGUCGUGAGUGGGCUCUAAACGAAGGCGAUGGUGCUUUUUAUGGGCCUAAGAUCGAUAUUCAGCUUCAGGAUCAGGCUGGCAAGUACCACCAGCUUUCCACGAUUCAGCUUGAUAUGAAUUUACCCCGUCGGUUUGGAUUGGAAUAUCAGGUAGCGGAAGGCGAGCCGGACUACGACCCGGAGACUCCCGGCCGGGCGAUACCGGUGAUGAUCCACCGGGCAAACUUUGGUUCGCUGGAGCGGUUUUUGGCGCUGCUGAUAGAACAAUAUGCUGGCCGCUGGCCAUUCUGGCUGUCUCCACGACAGGGAAUUAUCCUCACUGUCAACCAGGAUGAGACAGUAGUGCAAAAAGCGCACGAGGCUGCUGCCAAGAUUUCCGGUUUCCAGGCCCUUCAGUCGGAUCAGACGGGCGGCACUCCUCAGCCUCUACCCUUUACUGACUCGACCUUCCUCAUCGAUGUGGAUACCAGCAGCCAGACCCUGAACAAGAAGAUCCAACGGGCCAAGCAAAUGAAGUACAACCUCAUCUUCAUCCUAGGAUCCAAGGAUGCUGCAGCAUCGCGCAUUACACUCGACAUCACUGGUCAGCUACAGAGCAAGUCUGACCGGAACGCGGAGAAGCUGCAGUCUGUUCUGGCUCAAUGCAUCGGCGAGCAGGCGCUGCAGAAACCUCGAGCGAUCCCCUUGCCGGUGGAUGAUGUGCAUGGGCUGCUGGUGCAUCUGGAGCGGCAGUUUGUUUGAGAGUAGAUGAAACAAGUGUAUAUAGA